AUGGAAGUUGAGCCAUCUUUGCAGCCACAAACGAGCUUGGCCAGUGCGCGCAAAGCGACACGAGACACGGCUCAGACCGAGCCCCGCCACCGCGGCUCUUUUGAUCAUAGGCGGAAAAGCUCGAACAGUGAACCGUUCAGAAGCGGCCGUUUUUCGUGGGUGAAACGGCUGAUGAAUAACAACAAGCCCAUUGCUCCUCAAGCUUAUCAAGGCUCCAGCAGGGCCACGCGGAAAACAGAACCUGUCAAGCAAGAGUCAAUUCCGGUUACAGGAAUAAAAACACCAGACGAAAGAAACAGUUUCUGUAGCACCGAGGCAUCGACGGGGGACAAUGUCAGCACAAGGCCCAUUUUGUCCAACUCUUCGGACGACAGCGACAACGAAGAUGACGAAAUUGAUUCCAGUUACAAAGAUUACGAUCCAUCAGUCAAGUCCACGGCAAUGACCUCUAUCGCACCAACAGCACUGACCUCUGCCAGCAGCUCUGUGCCGAGCAACAUGAUUAUCGUGCCUGGCGGUUCGAGCACGCAAGGUCACGGGACAAGCAUUCUAAGCUAUACCGGGAGUAUCACUCCGACGGCCGUUUCGUUCUCUCACCAAACAGCUCACGGUGCGGACUCUUCUUCUGUGAUUACAAUCGCUAGCUCGACUCGAAAUAGAAGACGUCGGAGCAUCGACACCAAUGCUUCCACAUCUGCAAUUCCUCCAGCAAGUAUAUUUGAGCGUAUUAUCACCGCAAACACCAGCACGUCGAAGCUUCCAGCCUCCGAUGCUCCUUCGCGUGCUGCUGUCAGCGAACAGGACUCUUUGGGAUCAGGGGAUUACUGUUCGGCUGCCUCUCAUUGA